UUACUUUUUUCUUCGCUCGGCCCUUUUCCACACGCGCCACCACCUCCCCGCGCCGGCCGCCUUCAUUCACUGAAAGGAGAUCUCAAUACGACUGCGGUAGCUGCUACAGUGAGAAAGUUGAGCUUGAUUUAUGAACUGUGCAAGUCAAUUCAGUCAGCUGCCACAGAAAAAAGGGGAAUAGUUUGACGAGGACAAAAAGGUAUGGGCGGGGUGACGUCAUCGAUCGCGGCUAAGUUUGCCUUCUUCCCUCCGACUCCGCCUUCAUACACGGUCGUGGCCGACGACUCUCGCGGCGGAGCGCUUUGCAUACCGGAGGUUCCGCAGAGGGAAGGCGUCGACGUCUUGAAGCUGAGGACGCGCCGCGGUAACGAUGUGGUCGCGGUGUACAUCACCCACCCCAAGGCCACUGCUACGAUGCUCUAUUCACACGGAAACGCCGCCGAUUUAGGUCAGAUGUAUGAGCUGUUCGUGGAGAUUACCCUCCGCCUUCGCAUCAAUCUGAUGGGGUAUGACUACUCAGGUUAUGGUCAGUCGUCCGGAAAGCCGUCAGAGUGUAACACAUACACAGACAUUGAUGCUGUAUAUAAAUGCCUGAAGGAGAAGUAUGGAGUGAAAGACGAACAGUUAAUACUUUAUGGGCAGUCUGUUGGUAGUGGUCCCACUAUUGAUCUAGCAUCACGGUCACCAAACUUGAGAGGUGUUGUUUUACAUAGCCCGAUAUUAUCUGGUUUAAGAGUAUUGUACCCUGUAAAGCGGACAUAUUGGUUUGAUAUCUACAAGAAUAUUGACAAAAUUGGUGCUAUAGAAUGUCCAGUUCUUGUUAUCCAUGGUACUGCUGAUGAAGUUGUCGAUUGCUCCCAUGGGAAGCAGCUUUGGGAGCUUUGCAAGGUAAAAUAUGAACCUUUAUGGAUAAAUGGAGGUGGGCACUGCAAUCUUGAACUAUAUCCCGAGUUCAUCAAACAUUUAAAAAGGUUUGUUCUGGCUCUUGGGAGAGCAAAGCCAGCUGUGAAUGGUGUGGUAACACCAUCACUUAGUUCAGACAUUAAGCUUACAACAUCAGUUAGUUCAGACAGUAAGCUUACAGCUGGUGAAAGCAGCGGCACAGAGUCAUUUGAUUUGCAACCAGAUGUUCCAGACAUUUCUAGAAAUAGUUUGGAUAGCCGACUUGACAAGUCCAAGAAGACGAGCAAGCCUGAAAAGUCUAGAAUGAGCACAGAUCGUGUCGAAAGAUUCCGGAGAAGAAAAGGGUUGAUCUGGUAGUAGACAUCAGGUUCUGUUCAACCUGAGUUUCUCACUCAGCUGGGAAGGUUUCUGUGAGCUGAUUUAGUAACUUAACUCAAAUCAUAUUUGAUCUGAUCUUGUCAAAAUAAUUUGUUUUAAAUUGUAAAAUUUUGUGUUGAUUAGAUGCGAGCAGUUUACUGUUAUUUUUUAA